AGCUUCUUGAAAUUAACGUUAGGUAAAUGGCAGCACUUUUGCAAGAUGGUUUGUUUUGUGUAAUGGUAUCCCCGGUACCGGUUCAACGAGCCGCCUGCACUCCGUCAUGUCAGUCACAGUCAGUUGAAUUUGCGCAGGUGGCGCUACCGGUCGUCCUACGCAUGCGUCGCGUUACGAGCUUCGUAAUGGACACUGACAGAUCCCAAGUUUUAUUUAAUUUAAAUAAAAAUUAAAACAAACCGCAUAACAAACUUGAGCUUUUUACCAUAAAAGUGAACAUAGUAUUGAUGUCGUGACAAUUUCAUAACGAACAAUAAUUCAAUGUAAAUAAAAUAAUCGAUUUCAAAUCACGCUCUUUUAUUAGUGAUUUUGGUGUGGGAUUUAAUAUUUAUUGUUGGUUUUUGCAAUAAAUGCAUCUACCAUAACAUUCGGCGUGGAAAUAACUGGUUUUGGGGGGCCGUUGUGUUUUGUGUUGUGUUUAUUAGUGAAUAGAUACUGAGCUAUAGUGCCCCGUGAUACCGCUAUUUCGUGAUGUGUGUGUAAUGCUGAUAGCUAUAAGCACAACUACGAAGCUGUGAAUCUCGUCUUUAUGGUGAAUGUAAGAAGCGGAGGCGGUGCGUGUGCGGUAGUCGAAUGAUGCGCCCGGUUCGCGCCGAAACGGCGACAUGGCCGCGCUCUCCUGCUACCAACCCUGUCGGUCGCACCUCGCGCAGCCGGCUAGGUGUCUAGACGACGACGAUUGCACGCAAUCCGCGACGCUAUCGCUCCGCCGACGCCAGUUCAUAGAGCGAUGUCACGACGCGAGGCCCGGCCGGCACAGGGACCCGCUACCUGAGGUCUCGGUCAAGCGAACCCGCGAGGAGCUAGCCAAGUAUGCGGCGCAACGGGCCCCGGCCAGGCGCCUGAAUGUGGAGUCCGGCUGGUCGAAGGUCGAGGAGGUCAGGAAGAAGUUUGAGGGCGCGGCAACGAAUACCUCGUACUCGAGGUCCUUCGAGUCUCCGCCGAGACGUCGGCUAGCCGACUCCCUGUUCGCAAGUUUCAAACUACCGCGCAAGAAGGAAAUGGCGGCUUCCCGGUCUCUAGCGCCGCAGCAGCAAAAGCGCAAGUCCGCAGUGGAACUGCUGGCGGAGACGAAGGCUUUCUAUGUGAAGUCGGAGACGGUGCUGGAUAGGAAACAGGAGUUGCCUUUGAGGGUGAGCAGCGGUUUGGGGCAGGCGAUAGCAGCUGGCGGGUGUCACUUAGUCAGUUCGGGGACACUCAACAAUGACGCCUGCUGCAAUCCAUAUGCAACAACCCGUAUGAGCAGUCGUCGCGCGGUGAGCGCGGGCGAGGGGCUGCAAAAUACGUUACGGAGAUUGCUCGAACACGCUGACAGUAGAGAGAAUGUGUACUCGCCGCCGUUUGUUUCGCAAAAGUCGUUUACGGACAUGCGUCGCGUGGACCCAUACGAACCCCGUUCCCAGCACACAUCAGGCACGUUCUCGGGAACCUCAUCUUCAGGCUCAGGCUCCAAGCACAGGCACGAAGACAAACGGCCGAUCAGCUUUGAUGCAAGGGUCUUCUUCCCCGAGUCCUUUGUUAUACCAAGACAGAGGGCUGAAGUGGUCAUCAAGAAUGCGUUUUCUAUACCGAGUCCCCAAUCAAGUCCCCAAAACCCCGAAGAGUUGUCCCCGAGCGGGGAACAGCUGGGGGCCAUCAGCCCGCCUGCUGAAUACGCACAUUCUGCACCUAGGUAUACUAGAUCAAAUUCACACUCUCAACCCAGCGUGCGCGAGGAGGAUGGCAACACUAAUAUAAACAGUCAUAAAUCAUUGCCCGACUUGCACGCACAAGCACACGGUUACCCUGAACAUGUAAACGUGGUGGUUGGAACGGAGUCGAUAGGCCGGUCACCCAGACGCCGGCGGCACUCCGCGCAUCACAGGACGGCUUCGUGCUCAUCGAAAGGCACGAGAUCAAACCAUUCUUCGUUAAUAUCAUCGUGCGAUGCUUUCUCAGAACACCCUUCGCCGGGAGAGGAGAACUAUCAGUCAUAUAAUAGUACAAGUCGUUGUGGCUCGUCAUUCGCCCGCGACUCGGGCGGCUCGAGCGGGCACUACACGCAGCGCAGCGCGCCGCCGCACGCUCUGCCCGCACACCACGACCGCCCCGGUAUAUACUGCGGUUCCCGAACUCGAGACACGUCCCUAGAACAGUGCUACGUAUCAGCCCCACCACAAUUCCAAGAUGGCGCAGAGCCGGAGCCGCAUAAACCACCCGCGCCUACGCUGUAUGCACCGCCACCACGCGUUGGCAUACACUUUCAGGCAAGCGCACCCCCACCCCAAUUCCAAGAUGAACCGCCUCUAUACGAUUAUGGGGACUACGACUGUUCAUACAAAACUCCACUAAAGUGUCUGAAUGUUGGUAGAAAGGAAUAUAAUACGACAAGAGAAUACACCAGAUACCAAGAGCCAAACACGGAGGUUGUAAGCAAGCAACCACAAUAUCAGGAGGUGCGCAUGCGCACACGGAUAGAUGAUAAACAAGAAUACGUUAAUGCGCCACAGAUCUGUCAAACGGAGGAAGUGACGUCACCGCUAGGCACGUUCAAACGUCAGAGAUGUUUGCGCUACAAGCAGAGACGGCCGCGGCCGAUACUACGCUCCAAAUCAGAUAUAUCUGAUAGAUACAGACGCACGGACGGCCGCAGCCCGGCGUCCGCGCCGUGCGAGGGCUCGGACUCGCCGGACAGCCCGUCGUCCGACUCCGCGCGGCUACAGUUGUUCUUCGAGCGGCUCGGGCUCGAAGCCCGCACGUAUGAAGCGCUCGUCCGGGACGACGACCCGGACAGUCCGGUGUUCUUCUCGUCCGCGUCCACCGUGGACUCGAACCAGCUGGCCACUACUGAUUAUACUGUCCAAGGGCCAGGAGUGCAGAAACAAAUCUACCGCAACACGGAACCGCCUAGCGUCGUUGAAAGAAACGCUAGAAUCAUAAAAUGGCUGUGUCAGUGUCGUAAAGUGCAAAAUUUGCAACCGCCUCAAUGAAAAAUGAUUAUGGACGAAAAAAGAAAGAAAAUGGAUUUUUAAAAAGUAAAGUUCGAAACGUCAAUUUUGAAUUUACGUCUGGUAAGAUUGAAGCAUCUGUCAUGUGAUCUGUCAUGUUGUGAUUUCUUCCAAUGCAAAUAUGUUUAUCGUUUAUUUAUAUAUUACCAAAUGUAACUGACAAAUACUUUUAUUUUAAAUAAAAGGAGAUUUACUAAACAUAAAGUAACUUAUAAUAAACCAAAAUGUUAUUUCUGAAAUUAUAACCUAUGACAAAUCAUUCACGAGGCUAAUUAAUCUAAAUUAUUUAUCUAUUAUCUUGUUCAAAAAUUCUAUUGAAGCGGGCAUAAGACUUAAAAUGAUAAUAUUUAAAUGUAAAAUUUGUCAUUGCGAUACUAUCGACUGUUUACUAAAUUAAGGAAAUCCUGUUCAUUAGCUUAGUCGGAUUUAGAUGUAGGCUAAUAAAUUAAAUUUAAUCGUGUUUUUCAUUGUGGCGUUCUUACAUUUAAAUCUAGGGAUAAACGAUCUCUUCGUACGUUAAAAGUGUAUCAUUGUCUCUGCUCAAAAAUGAGCUUACGUUAUUAUUCGGUACGGAUCUAAUCAAUACCUAUUCAUAUUUGUUGAUUUGUUUUUUUUAUGAUGGCAAUUAUGUCUAAAAAUAUUAUUACUUUGACAGCUGUCAAUCUGGGACUUUUUUAUAGAAUUCUAGAGAACUGGGUAAAGUUGCAUAAAUUUAAAUCGUAACGAUUUUUUAUGAAUUAAUGUUUUUAAAUAACUAUUUUAAAUAAAAAACCAUAAAAUACUAAUGAAGAUUUAAGAAUUGAAUUUAUGAUGACAGCUGUCAUGAUUAUAAUUUCUAAAUUCAUAAAAGAUAACUCGAAGAAUUGGUAGUUAGGAAGUCUGUUAUCGUAACAAAAUCAUCUUUAAGGCCUAUUCAAACUAGAGGGGUAUUCGCUACCGCCGUGGGUAGCGGUACGAUAUGGACUCUAUUAAAUCCCUUACGUAGUAUAUUAUAGAGGCUCUAAUCGCGUACCAUCGGGAUAUCGCUACCUACGGCGGUAGCGAAUACCGAUCUAGUUUGAAUAGGCCUUUACACGUUGUGUGAGCUUAGUACUACAUGGAUUAAUGCUUCUAAAUUAAUUACAUUACCUAAAUGAUAGUCUAACUAUCUUGUGGUUUCUAUUGUUACAUAUUGGAAUAAAGCAUUAUUAUUUACUUGAUGUUACUAUUUAUUUUAUUGAACUGAAAUUUUAGAAGAAAACAUAAAAAAAUGUUGUCAUAAAUGUUUGUCUCAGAUUUGUAAUUUUCAAGAAAGAAGAAACAUCAGUACAAACCAUUUAUCAAAAUUAAGAAUUUUAAAAAAUGUUCCUGUUAUGGAUUUGUCUUUAACAUUGUAAAUUGAAUCUAUUUUAGAUCUAUUAAAAUCUAGUUUCGUAAGUAAAAUUUGUGAUUUGGGAGCACAAAUGCGGAUCAAAUUUAGCUUUUAUUUCGUGCCAAAUAUAUUCGAUUAAUUUCAAUGAAAAAUCAAGAUAAUAAACAUCUUUAUAAAUAAGUAAACAGCUAAAGGUACAGUCGUUUAAUGCGCCAUUUUUUUGUUGUUUUAACGAUAAAAAAAAUACGAGAACGAUUAUUUCAAUCAAAUUGAAUCAAAUACCUAAAUAAUAUAAAAGAUAUUGUGAUUGAUAAUAAUUAUCAAUAGUAACUACGCAAAAUAUAGUACCAGAGUUGACAUAUUAUUUAAAAGUUAUUUCUAAUCUUUAACUUUUAAAGAAAUGAUCUUCAUAUAUUAGGAUUGUUCUUAAUUUUAAUGAAAUGAUUAAUAAUUUAAAAAUUCAUUAUUAACUUAUUUUUUCCCAAAUAAUUGUUAGAUUGGAAUUUCAAAAAGGUUAUUUGUAAGGUAAUUGAUAAAAGAAUAAGAUUUGAUUUAUGACUCUCGUUUGCAUCGACUUACCAAGUUAUUGACUUUGUUUUUUUAAACCACUCAAAAUACAAAAUUCAACAAUGAAUUAAAACGGUGUAAAUAUAUUUAAAAUUUACGAAUUUGAGAACAGUGUAAAUUAAAAUUAGCAUGAAAGAGAAUAUUUUAAAGUGAUAUUUUUGUUAACAACCAAAAGGGAUUGACGAAAUACGGUGUACCAAGACAAUAUUUUGAAAUUGAACGAAGCUAUUAUAUUAUAUUAUUUAUAAAUAGAUUGCAUAAUUUCUUCCGAUAUAACGCAACAAACAAUAAUUUUAAUUUAUUUGAAAUAUUAUAAGGGUAGAGUCUGAAAAGAAAUCCACAAUGUUCAUAAUAAUAUGUAAAUGUAUAAAUAACAUUAAUUGAAUUUGAUAUUUUUGGUUUUAUGGCAUUCAAAUGCUUUAUUUAUAAAGAAAAGAAAAAAUUCGAUCACGGGUGGCCGAAUUGGUCAGGCGUCUGUCCAGGAUUGGCGUGAAAGAUGCGGGUUCGAAUCCCGCCUCGUAAUGUAAUUUUUUCUAUUAUUUAUAAAUUUAUUAAGUAAUUAAUAUAAUUUUAAUCAAAUUGUUUGCCAAUAAAAUAUAUUAUUUAGUAUUUACUUCAACAUUAAUACCAUUGUUUAGGUAAAAAAAUAUAGGUACAUAUUAUAUGGCAAAAGAAAAGCAUCAUUGGAAAUAGAAGUUGCCAGUAUAAAAUAUUCCGAUUAACGCUUACUUUUUUUUAUAAAAAUACGAUUGACAAAUAUUUUUUUUUUUAAUUCUUUGAAAUUAUUGUAGCGUCAUUUCAUUCUGAAAAGGCCUUUGAUAUUUAACAAAUAAGAUGCUAUACAAUAAAAUUCGAUGUACAUUAUAUUUUGAAAUAGUUUAUUUUCAAAUUAGCUCAUAUUUCGAAAUAAAUAAUGACGUUUUUAUUAAAUUUUAACUGUUUUUAAUUAUUAAUAUACAUCGUUGUUUACAUUAUCGAUUACUUUAAAUUCUUAAAAGAAAAGAAAACGGUGUUCAUCAAUGUAAUAUUAUGAAAUAUGUACUUGUUUUCAAUAUUAUAUACAUAAUAAGUAUUUAUGAUUAUAAAUAUAAUGUAUUUGUGUGACUUGUGUGAUAAUCGUUUGUUUGUUAAUACGUAUAGAGGUAGUCAAAUGAAUUAAUUCAGGUUUUAAUGAGUAAAUUUAUAGGGCACUAAUUUUUUUAUUAAAACUUUUAUAAGUAGUUGAGACUCACUACAGUAUGCAUUUUUUUCUAAUAAAUAACUACAAGCAUUUAUAGUUUUUAAAGACUGUCAUUGACUUAGCAGUUUUAUUGUCUAUUCUGUGAUAAGGUUGACCUAUUUAGUCAUGUUUUGUCUAUUAUUUCCCUACAUUAUAAUACGUGCAGCAAUUUUAUCUGGUCGAUAUUUUUUAAGUGUUAAGGCGCCAAUUAUCUAAAUUUUAAGUCUCCUUGAUGGAUGUUUUCGAAGAAGAGACGUUUGAAAAUUAACGGUUUAUUUUAAAUAAAUAUAAUCCGAAUGUCGUUUUUUCCAUAGACAAGAAAUUUCUUCAACAUUUAAACUAGAAUUGCCUAUACAGGCUAAAUUGAUUGCAACAGAGUUGUAUUUCAACAUUUCAAAUAUAUUUUUAAUGAGUAACUAACUAACGAUGCAUUAAAUAUCUAUUUACAGAACAAUUCCAAUAACUAAUUGUCAUAGAACAUUCUACGAUUAAAAGUUAACCAUAACUAUGUUCAUGUAGUUACGAAAUUAAUUUAAGAAGGUACGCAUAAUAAUGUAUGAAUUUGAUUGAUAAUAGACGAGUAGAUUUGAAUUAUUUCUAUAUUAUUGUGUAAUAAUUGAAAUGGUUAGCGUUACAGUAUUAGAUUGUUUAGCAUUGGAUGCUUCCAUUUGUGUAAAUAAGAUUUACGUACUUUGUUAGAGAUUUAUCAUAAAGUGGAAAUAUAUUGAUUGGUCUGAUA